CAUGAAGCAAUCACUACUAGAUUUACAAAAGCACAAACUAUUUCAUUAUAACUGCUUCUUGUAACAUUAGGUGAAAAUAUCUCAUUUCUGUGGACUAUGGCAACUAAAUGGGGAAUCUGCUCUGUUGGAAAAAUCAGCCAAGACUUCAUGGUGGCUCUGGAGUCUUUGCCAGCUAAAGACCAUCAGGCAGUGGCUGUUGCUGCUAGAGAUCUGAAUCGUGCACAAGACUUUGCCCAAACCCAUAACAUACCAAAAGCAUAUGGGUCAUAUGAAGAGCUUGCCAUGGAUGCCCAUAUUGAUAUUAUCUAUGUUGGGGCAUUGCAUAUUGUCCAUCGGGAUGUGGUUCUGAUGUUCAUGCAAAAUGGAAAAAAUGUCCUUUGUGAAAAACCACUGGCCAUGAACUCUAGAGAAGUCAGAGAGCUCAUUGCAGCUUCCAAGGAAUAUAAUCUAUUUUUCAUGGAGGCUUUCUGGAGUCGAUUCUUCCCUGUUUAUGAACAAAUACGUAUUUACUUAUCAGAGAAUGCUAUAGGUGAUGUAAAAGUUGUAAGCGCUGAAUUUGGCUCCAAAAUCGAAGAUGUUCCACGAGUUAUAGCUAAAGAUCACGGUGGAGGUGCACUUCUGAAUAUUGGCUGCUAUUGUGUACAGUUUGCGUUAAUGGUGUUUAAUGGCGAGAAACCAGAGUCUGUGACUGCCAAAGGUUUUAUAAAUGAGACUGGGGUUGAUGAAACUGUGACAAUUAUUCUUCAGUACUCUAAGAAACGCCAGGCCAUCCUUACCUGUACAACUGCAACUGAUCUGCCAAAUCGAGCUUUAAUUUGUGGCUCAAAAGGAAUGAUUCAGAUUCCGUCAUUCAUGUGUUGCCCAACCUCAGUAAUCCUUAAUGAAAAAGAGACUACGUUCCCUCUUCCCCCAUGUACAAAGCCAUUGAAUUAUGACAACGAUAUUGGUCUGUGUUAUGAGGCAGAACAUGUACGUCAGUGUUUAUUAAAAGGCCUAAAGGAAAGUCCCCUAAUGAGCUUGGAAGAAAGUGAGACUGUAGCCAACAUUAUGGAUGAGGUUCGAAAGCAAAUUGGUGUCAUAUAUCCUCAGGACAUGGUCUGAGUAACUGGAACAAAAUAGCUAUAAAUUCUGGAUAAAUAAGCACUAAAUGCAACCUAACAAGAUCACAAAUCUCAGUAGAUGGAUGAUCAUUUUGCAAACAGACUUACAAGAUACAUUUUAAAAUGUGGCACAAUCUACAGACACAUUAAACAGAAUAUUGGAUUCAACUAGAACCUAUUCAUUGUUAAUGUACAUUUACUGUGAACACUAUGAUUGGCUUAUGUAAAGGACAUACAAAUAUUUCAAAUCUGGUUUUAUUGUAUCUAUUUAAUUGUAUGUGACUAGCUUAAAUAUAGGGAAAAUGUUUUUAUGGAUAACUGCAAUUAUUGAGAACCAUUAGUGUAUGUAUCAUCUGAUAUGAUGACAAACGUGUAUAUCCUUAUAUAUGAAUAUUAUUAUUGUUGGGUCAUAUUUUAUUUCAUUGCAACCCCCAUAAAAAUGUAUGCGUAUGCCCAUUUUUCCAAUAGGCUCUUUCCAGUUUUCAGAUAUAAUUCUUUAACCCCUUAGUGACCAGACCAUUUUUCAAUUUUCUUACCGUUAGGGACCAGGGCUAUUUUUACAUUUCUGCCGUGUUUGUAUUUAGAUGUAAUUUUCCUCUUACUCAUUUACUGUACCCACACAUAUUAUAUACCGUUUUUCUCGCCAUUAAAUGGAAUUUCUAAAGAUACCAUUAUUUUCAUCAUAUCAUAUAAUUUACUAUAAUUUUUUUAUAAAAUAUGAUGAAAAAAACACUUUUUCUAACUUUGACCCCUAAAAUCUGUUACACAUCUAUAACCACCAAAAAACACCCAUGCUAAAGUUUCUAAAUUUUGUCCUGAGUUUAGAAAUACCCAAUGUUUACAUGUUCUUUGCUUUUUUUGCAAGUUAUAGGGCAAUAAGUACAAGUAACACUUUGCUAUUUCCAAACCAUUUUUUUUUUUUAAAUUAGCGAUAGUUGGGGGCGUGUCCGGGCAAUGGCCAUGACAGGCUGCAAAAACUAGAAGCUCUGCAUUCAUGAAAGAUAAUCCGCCAAUUAUCUACAAAAAAUAACAAGCAUCCUUGCUAAAAAGAUAUAGGAAUCUAAAUAAAAUAUCUCUCUGCA